AUGCAAAUGAGAAAUGCUGUCUGCUCGCUGUUCUACUGGAGGAGCAAAUCAUGUGACCUGUGGGAGCGUCCUAAACCACGCCCUGGGAAUUAUUUAUUGGUCAAGUCUCGUCACCAUUGGCCGGAUUCAAAUCUACCCAAUCACAGGAGCCGGAGGGCGGAGCUGAAACCUAUAAAAGGCAGCAGAAGGAAAAAUAAUAGUUACAUCUCGGAGAAGAUUCUCUUGAACAUUUGGGAUUCACUUACCAUUAUGUCUGGACGCGGCAAACAAGGAGGGAAGGUUCGGGCUAAGGCAAAGACCCGCUCAUCCCGGGCAGGACUUCAGUUCCCCGUCGGUCGUGUGCACAGGCUUCUCCGCAAAGGGAACUAUGCCGAGAGGGUGGGCGCCGGUGCUCCCGUGUACCUGGCCGCUGUGCUGGAGUAUUUAACCGCUGAGAUCCUGGAAUUGGCCGGUAAUGCCGCCCGGGACAACAAGAAGACCCGCAUCAUCCCCCGUCACCUGCAGCUGGCCGUGCGCAAUGACGAGGAGCUGAACAAGCUGCUGGGAGGGGUGACCAUCGCCCAGGGAGGCGUCCUCCCCAACAUCCAGGCCGUGCUGCUGCCCAAAAAGACCGAGAGCAGCAAAGCGGCAAAGAGCAAGUGAUCACCGCUUAUCCCAGACCCAUCCUGAACACCAAAGGCUCUUCUAAGAGCCACCCACAUUGUCUACUACA